ACACCUGGCUAUUGUGAACCCGUUAUCUCUCUCUCUCUCUCUGCGCUCUUUGUUUUGUGUUUGAGAGCACUCAACACAACACUAUGUCUCUCCUCCCAUCUCCACCUCCCUCCACCCUCUCCACCACCACAACCACCGCCACCGCCACCUCCUCCUCCAUCCCUCCCAUCCCUCGCCCUGCCGUCAUCCUCCCAGGUCUCGGUAACAACACGGGGGACUACAGAGCCCUGACAUCCACACUGAAUGAAGGCUACGGCAUCCCCACCGUCGUCGCCUCAGUCUCGCGCCUCGACUGGUUCAGAAAUGCCGCCGGCCUCCUCGAUCCUAAUUACUGGAAGGGAACCCUCCAGCCAAGACCUGUUCUCGAUUGGUACCUUGAGAGGGUUGAGGAGGCUGUCUCUGAGGCCAGGAAGUUGAACCAGCAAGGAGGAAACGUAUCGUUGAUAGGGCACUCUGCAGGAGGAUGGCUCGCUCGAGUUUACAUGGAGGAAUUCGAGAAGUCUGAUCACAUCGCUCUGCUUUUGACGCUUGGAUCGCCUCACUUGCCACCACCAAAAGGCUUGCCUGGAGUGAUCGAUCAAACAAGGGGCCUCCUAUACCACGUCGAAGAAAAUUGUGCACCGGCUGUCUAUAACCCUCACCUGAAAUAUGUAUGCAUCGCCGGAAGGUACAUUCAAGGUGCACGGUUGAUAGGCAACCCUUCAUCAAGUGACACUAAUCCUGUCGAUAAGAGUCAGGGAGCCAUUGAAUUAGCAGCAGAUAAUGAUAACAAUAAGGUAGCAUCAGUUAGCCCCAGCUUUCGAGCUCGCUUUGUUGGCCAAGGUUACAAACAGGUUUGUGGACAAGCAGAUGUAUGGGGAGAUGGUGUUGUUCCUGAGGCAUCAGCUCAUCUGGAGGGUGCGAUGAACAUAAGCUUGGAAGGGGUUUACCACUCUCCGGUGGGUUCAGAUGAUACGGCAAGGCCUUGGUAUGGAUCUCCUGCUGUAGUGGAGAAAUGGGUUCAUCAUCUUCUCACCUGAAGCUGCAUGGUACUGAAGAAUAGAGCCAUUAAGAAUUGAGCUUCCUCAUGAACUCUAUUCAUCAACGUUAGAACUCAGGUGGAAACUGCGCAAGAUAUUCAGUUUGUUGUAUAAUUUGUGUUGCCAGCAAAGUGCUAUAUAAAUUUCCACCACCAACUUCAAGCAAAGUGUAAUUCAAAGGAUGCACCUAUUUAUCCUUGUAUUUAAAUAAACAACACAAGCAUCACCCAACUAAAAGAAUCCCUUACGCAGGACCAGAUUACAAAACCCAAAGACCUAAGGCACUAUUCUGAAAUCAAUCUGUAAAAUUCCAAAUAAUUAGGAGGCUUUUGCAAAUGGAAUUGAUAUCACUUGAUCUCCAGUAAGCACUGUUGGGUAGUAUGGGUUGAACUAACAAAUCUUCACAGUACCACAGAUAAAGAUCAGACAAGUCAAAGGCACAAGAAAAAAAAAUCAAGGGAAA